CGAGGGGGCGGGGCUAGCGCUCACGCAGCUUUAGCCCCUUCCCCGCCCUUUCUCUUCCCGGUUUCCCUGUCAGCCUGCUGGUCGGGUCUGGCGGCUGCUUCCGGUAGGAGCGCGGUGCAGGGCGAGUCGGUCUCGGCUCCUCGUCAUGUCCUACGGUCCCUUAGAUAUGUACCGGAACCCGGGGGCCUCGGGGCCCCCGCUCCGGGACUUCAACAGCAUCAUCCAGACGUGCAGCGGCAACAUCCAGCGGAUCAGCCAAGCCACUGCUCAGAUAAAGAAUUUGAUGAGCCAACUAGGAACUAAGCAAGAUUCAAGCAAGCUACAGGAAAAUCUGCAACAGUUACAGCACUCUACAAAUCAGCUUGCCAAGGAAACAAAUGAAUUACUGAAGGAAUUAGGGUCCUUGCCCCUUCCUUUAUCUACUUCAGAGCAGCGCCAGCAGAAACUUCAGAAGGAACGUCUCAUGAAUGACUUCUCUGCAGCCUUAAACAAUUUCCAGGCUGUGCAGAGAAGGGUAUCUGAAAAGGAAAAGGAGAGUAUUGCCAGAGCAAGAGCUGGAUCUCGUCUUUCUGUGGAGGAGAGGCAAAGAGAGGAGCAGCUCGUCUCAUUUGACAGCCAUGAGGAGUGGAACCAGAUGCAGAGCCAGGAGGAUGAGGUGGCCAUCACUGAACAGGAUUUGGAACUUAUUAAAGAGAGGGAAACGGCAAUUCGGCAGCUGGAGGCUGAUAUUUUGGAUGUCAAUCAGAUAUUUAAAGAUUUGGCGAUGAUGAUCCAUGACCAAGGUGAUCUCAUUGACAGCAUAGAAGCCAAUGUGGAAAGCUCAGAGGUGCAUGUAGAAAGAGCCACUGAUCAGUUACAGCGAGCUGCUUACUAUCAGAGAGAUCUACAAAAAGGCAUCAAACUUUGAAUAAACUGACAUAGAAGCCUCUUAGCUGCAAAGCUAACCACAAAAAAUCUCGCAAGAAGAUCUGUAUCCUGGUGCUUGUCCUGUCAGUGAUUAUUGUAAUCUUGGGACUUAUUUUGUGGCUAGUUAAUAAAUGAAGUGAUUGCCUCCAAGCCUUCUCCUGCUGAGCUGUUUUCAAGGGCAAGUGCUUGCUGGAGUCUUGCCAGAACAAACUGAUCACAAGAAGACAGAAUACACCAGAAUGUCCUGUAAUAAUUUAGUUAGAAACUAACUACUAACUAGUCCUUGGAAUUAGUGACCUGUGGAAACAGUAUUUAUCAAUUUAUGUAUACAUUUUAUUGAUUUCUCAAAUUAAGAAUUAAUUUAUGUGGAUUUUGCUUUCUCUUAUACUCUGAUUGCCCUUCGUCCCAAGUGUUUACUGAAAAUUACAUUCUAGAUAUUCUUGUUUUGGUAGGUAACACUAUAGUCUUGUAAUAUUGUCUUUCUAUGUACAUACAAGAUUUACCUUUUUACUAGCAACUGAGAUAGAAUUACUUUCUGUCACCCAGCAUAUUGGAGUCUGUCAGAAACUGUAUAAUAAGCCAGCAAUUUUUAUUAUUUAAUAUUUGUUUGAAUUUCUAAGAAGCCUGCCCCCUAUAUGCUUUGAAAGGUUUUGGCAAUGUAUUUAACUAGAGAAUAAAAAAUUGCACAGGUGAUCCAGAUUAAAUGAGAAGUAACUAUUUGAGCUGGUCAGCUGUUGGGGUGUGUGUUAAUCUGUGUUUAAGUUUAUUAUCUGCUAGUGUCAUCGACUGCAAUUCAUCCAUAUAUACACUAAAUGAUUUUGUUCACUUUUUGAAGAGUUUCAUUUAAUUAACAUGAUUCUCUGUGGGGUUCCUCUCCCACCUGUCUGUAUAGAAGGGGAGAAUUAGACAAAGCGUUCUUCUGGAGAGCAAAUAGGAAUUGUUUGGAAUGAUUUAAUCUUUUGUUGUUGUUGCUCAGUUGUGGUUCUGCAUUCCUGGUAAAUGAUGAAUGUUGCCAUCAAAAGGCUGCCCCCUACCCUAAUAAGGUUUGCUGGGCAUUUGAUGGCAGGAAGAUUUUAAAAGCUAGACUGAAGUUGGUUUAAAAUUUAGUCCUGUGAACCUGGCGAUAAAGCAAAGGUUCUUUUUUGUAAAUAAUACUGGUUUGGAAUAGUGAUGUUAGACUUAUCCUAAUUUAUGAACAAGAGAUUAAUCUCUCCAUGCAUAGUUUUAGACAAAAAAUGUUUCAAUAAACGAUUGCUGUCUUGUAACAUAAA